UGGCGAGUCAAAAGGACCCUUGGAAGCAUUGCUUUCACUUCUUCUCAUCGUCCACCUCGAGCCCCACAGCGCCAUCUCCUUCACAUACGUCGUGCUGUGCUGGUCAGAUCGCCCCACAAUGUCAGCUGCUGCUGGGCCCUCGUCAUCGUCGGCACCAUCAGUGGACCCUCAGACGUCUGCCCUACUGGCCUCCCUCCACUCCUCCGCCGAGAAAUCUGACGCCAAUCCAAAGCCACUGAUCAAGAGCACGCUUCAUCGUGUUCCAAGACAAUCGGCACCUGGGGCACCACAGGCAGCACACUCUGCGUCUUCUUCGGAUGACGUGUACGAGGUGACUUCAUGGAAGACUGUGGAAUUUGCCUAUCGCAAAGCCGCCGAGGUGGGCAUAGGCAAGGAUCUACCCACACUGGCCCGAGGACUCUUCACAGUCAAAGAUGGUGCCCAGCAUGCUACACAAGAAGCAUCUAGCGAGGCUAGUGGAAGGCAAGGGGAUCGGAUAGUGGUCAGAGGGUACGACAAAUUCUUCAAUGUGGGAGAGAUCAGCUGGACAAAGCCAGCAUCAAUAGAGCGAUACUCUGCCCCACCUUACCUCCUGACAUUCAAGGAGAACGGCUGCAUCAUCUUCAUUUCUGCCCUCUCCCCGACUCAGCUCAUCGUCACAUCCAAGCACUCCCUCGAUAGCCAGCAGGCUCGCCAAUUGCAGGAGCAGCAGAACGGACAUAAGCAGCAAGCAGAUACUGUGGCGGCCGCGGAAGAGGCAGAUGAGAUUGGAGGAGAGCAAGGUGGCAGCUCCAGCUCGACAAAGACGUCACAUGCUGCAAAGGGAGAGGAGUGGCUGGAAAGGCAUCUCGCGCGGGUUGGAAGGAGCAAGCACGAGCUAGCCGAACAGCUGUGGUCGAGGGGUGAGACUGCAGUAGCAGAGCUGUGCGAUGACUCCUUCGAAGAGCACGUCCUGGCCUAUCCUCCAGAAAAGUCCGGUCUGCAUCUCCAUGGCCUCAAUAGCAAUACCGUGGCCUUCCAGACCCGACCAAUGGAGGACGUCUGUGCCUUUGCCACAUCCUGGGGAUUUAUUCCCACUCGUUACAUUAGUCUAGACUCGAUGGACGAAGUCAAACAAUUCACGGAUCGGGUGGGCACGACUGGGGAAUGGCAAGGCGAAGCAAUUGAAGGCUUUGUAGUCAGAACAAGCAUGCCCAAAGAUACCCCACAAGGUCAAGUGGAAGGAGCGGCGUCUCCCCCAUACAUACCUGGCCAGGCUUGGUUCUAUAAGGUCAAAUUCGACGAGCCCUACCUGAUGUAUCGGGAUUGGAGAGAAUUGACCAAGAAGAUGCUGACCGAUAAGAAGAAGUGGGAAAACGCCACCCAUGCGUCUACAAGUAGUGGUCAGGCAGGGGAGUUAUCACAAUUGGCUACAAAGACCGAAGCUGUCAAGCUGCAAGAUUCUUCGAACGAAUCAAGCGAGAAGAAAAGCAAGAGUCAACUCAAGAGAGAGCAGAAGGCACGUCGAAACGAUGAGAGUCAGAGGCAGGCAGCGGCCAGAGGCGCAGCUCCCUUGCCAGCCCCGCCCAAGGCAAGAUCCAACCGUCCAGAGACUCGCCUGUUCAUCCAGUGGUGUCACGACAGGAUCUACGGCUCAGAAGACGGCAAGGUCAAACCUAAUCCAGCCAUCUUCGAAGGCAUCAAUGUGGGCAAAGGUAUCAUUCGACUUAGAGACAUGUUUCUGGCUUACUUGAAGACCGAAGAAGGCAUAAAGAAGAUCGCGGGUCUGGGAGGACCCCGUGGAGCUGUGGCUGCUAAGCUCGAAGGACAAGGAAUUCUGACAGGAACCACUAGCCAGUCCGAACAACCUGCGGCUGAAGAUGAUCGCUCUACCCGACCUUAUACCCAUCUGCUCAUCGUUCCUAUUGCCAUCCCGGGAUGCGGCAAAACCUCUCUGUUCCUUUCACUCAGCCAUCUAUACCCUCAGGUUGUAGGACAUACCCAAUCAGACGAUGUCAAGUCGAAGAAAACUGCCCCCACUUUCCUCAAGAAUAUCUGCAAUGAGCUGAGCAAACACAGGGUGGUGCUGGCGGACAGGAACAAUCACCUCUUGAAGCAUCGAGAUGAGAUCGUCGAAGCGAUCAAAGAAUGGGAAAACCGAGGCGGUCUCACCGAGGAGCAGCACCGAGCUCAAAAGAAGGCAAAUGCAGGUAAAUCCAGCAAGCAGGCAGGCGUCCAGAAUGCGCAAGACAGUGGCAGCCUUGAGGAGGGAAAGGCUUCCGAAAAGCCUCGAGUCAAGAUCGUAGCUAUGGCGUGGUCGCUCGAUAUGCUCCCUCUGAAUACGCUCCAUCGGCUCAUGUCAGACCGUAUCCUCGCUAGAGGAGACAACCAUCAGUCUCUGAUUGCCGACACAAAAUCCGCUACAGGCUCAAGGUCUCAUGAAACGAUCCUCUGGCGCUUCCUUCAGUCACUUGAGACAUUGAACAGCGCAGAGGGGAAGGGAGAAGGCGACAAGGGCAUGGGUGACGCCAACUUUGACGAAACGAUCACGCUGCAGGUCGAGAGCAGCCAGGAGGAGCAGUUGACGAAAGUCUGCCAAGAGUUGAGGCGAGCCGCUGUUGCUGGCAUUGAGAAGGAUCUCAAGCAACCCAGCGAUGAACAGGUUCGUGCAGCACUUGCGGCUGCGGCUGGGUACCGUGUAUCUGUCAAGAAAGUGGAAGAGCCGGCUGCUGUCAAUGUGAAGAAAGGACAAGAUACAGCGCGUGCAGGCCCGAGAUACUACGGUAUCGCCGUCGAGCUCGAUCUGAGGUCGGUGAUGGGCAAAUUCUUAAAGUUGGCAGCACAACGUACUUCUACGGAAGUGCUGCAGAGGGCACGCGACAUGUUUGCCUUCCUCAGGGACUCAGACAGGGUGGUGUUACGACCUCACAUUACCCUUGUCCACUCUUCCGCCCUUCGAGCUCUGAGCCCAGAGGAAGAGGCGCAAUUAGACGAUUCUAAGCGCGCUGAGCGCAGCACUGCAAAGAGCAAAUGGGACCGCUACUCUGCCCUCAGUCGUCUCAACGAGCCAGUUGACUUUGACAUCACUCUGGGUCAUCUGGUCUUCGAUGAGCUAGUCAUGGCCUUUAGCAUCUCCAAUGUCCACCCUACGCAGCCAGCCUCGAAGCACCUUGCCUCGGAGGAGUUUUGGAAAUUACAAGGUGGAAAGGGUGGUGCCGGGGAGGGAGACUGGAGACCUCAUGUGACUGUAGGUACACGAGAUGAGAGUGUGAGACCUUUUGAGGCGAAUCGGGUCAUGAGGGAGGCGGAGGAUGAUCAGAGUCGGAGAGGUGAGCUGGGAUUGAUCGAGGCGGGAGAAACGCAGAUCACGCUGAGGGGUAGACUGAUGGGAAUGAGCUGAAAAAGGUGAUAGCAGGAGUGAACACCUGUAGCAUCUCUGGCCGUCAAUCACUGGUUUGCCUCGACGCGGUCGCCUCUGAUCUUUGUUUCGUGCUUCAUACCACGCCAAAUCAAGAUGGUGCUGUGCAUGUCAUGCGUGCGUACGCCUCAUGUGCGGGUGUGUGUGUGUGUGGCGCCCUUUGGUCAGCGAUCGCGC